AAAGAUUUUAGGUGGGCAUAAAUAAUAGUUCUUAAAAGUAUUUGGAUAUUAGAACCACUAAAUAUCCCUAUUCCCUAACCAAUCCAUCAUCACCUUCUCCGAACUCAACUCCAUAACUCCAUAGUUGAUAGGAGUAUCUAUCUAUCUGAAUUCCACACUACUUUUAUUCUCAAUUUACGGGCUUUGCGAUGCUGCUAUAAGUAGAACAAUUUCAUUGAGCAAAGCUACCAACAAAAAAAAAAUCCCCAAUUCCCAUUCCCCGUUUCUCAAUAAUUAUGCCAUGAUUAGGGAUUAAUAACUGAAAAAAGAACAAAAAAAUGGGGGAGGGAGAUGAAGAAUCAAAUGGGGGGUGGAGCAAAGCAAGAGGGUUGGUUAUUAAAACGCUGUUAGUUGUAGGAGGAGCUCUUUUUAUCCGUCGCCUUACUAAAUCAAUCACUCGCCGUGAUCAUGCCCGUUUCGUUUCCCAUUCUCUAUCCGGUGAAAAGAAUUCUCGAGAACAAGCUGUUAGAGACCCUGAACAUUAUUUCAAUUUGAGGAUGGUUGCCUGUCCAGCUGCAGAAAUGGUGGAGGGUUCACAAGUGUUAUACUUUGAGCAGGCAUUCUGGAGAACUCCUCAGAAACCCUUUCGACAGAGGUUUUAUAUGGUGAAACCUUGUUCCAAGGAGAUGAAAUGUGAUGUGGAGUUAAGUACAUAUGCUAUUAGAGACAUGGAAGAGUAUAAGAAUUUCUGUGAUCGACCAAAGGAUCAACGUCCACUUCCAGAAGAAGUGAUUCGGGAUAUAGGAGAACAUUUGACAACUAUUCCUCUCAAAUGCUGUGAACGUGGGAAACGAUGCUUAUAUGAAGGCAAAACACCACCAGAAGGGUUUCCCAAUACAUGGAACAAUGCUACAUACUGUACAUCGGAGAUGGCCGUCUUGAAAAACAAUGAAAUACAUAUGUGGGACCGAGGGUAUGAUGAUGAUGGAAAUCAUGUUUGGGGCGUCAAAGAAGGCCCUUACGAAUUUAAACCUGCAUCUACGUCCAGUUUCAAGGACAUGUCAGCUCCUGUAAAUUUGUUAUCUCCGUUAUCUUUGGACAAACGAAUAGAGGGCUCAUUUGUUCUACAGGAAUGAUUACCAACACUACCUGUAUAUGUAUUUUGUAAUAUUUUUGACAUUUAAUAGAUAGUGUAGAAGCAAGUAUUAAUUAUUUGAGCAAAUCCCUGUUCAGUCACUGUACAAAUUCCGGACAGUUGAUCUAGUCCAGUUUUUGUUCCCUGACACUUAAAUGUGAAAAUUCUUACUUGGAAGUUCUAUCAAAUAAGAAAAAUUUUGAUCUGCUCUUCA